GUUGUGGCUGGUUUCGUCACCCUGACAGAUCGGAGACCUCAGCAGCGACAGUCUGAACGGCGAAGGUUGUCGAGUUUCUCUCUAACUUUUGAGAGUUAGUGUCUGAAAACAGGAUCCUUAUUAUUUUUUUAACAUUAGACCGAACUCCGUGAAGGAUCUUUUAGAAAUACUCGGGUCGUUGACUGUGGACGGACUUUGGGUGUUUUGGGCUCACGGUGUUUUAACGGACUCUGUGACGGAAACAUUGAGUUCCUGAGCGGCUAGGUCCGAUAGCGUCAACAGUUAGCGGCACUUUGAAGAGCCGGAUUAACUGAACGAGCCGAAACUUUAACCGACUCUUUCUGCUGUGAAUCGGUUUAUUUUUAAAAGUCUUUCGGGACACUUUGACUGGAGGUUGUUAAUUAAAAACUUCGAAACUUUGGGGUAAAGUUAACAGAAAAUGGAGUUCAGGGGCAGCAGCUAACAGGAGUUCGUUCUCUUUACCGCAGUCACCAACUCCGACCAUCGUUUUAAUCGAUUAACUGGGUAUCGAAGCAGCCAGACGGGAUGCCCGCAGAAACUGUGAACUUUAACCUCCUGCACCGGACCUGUAAGCUGGUGGUGCUGCUCAGUCUGCUCCACAUUGCUGUCACGGUCUUCUUUUACGUCCGCUCAAUGGACGUCCGGGUCGCCUUCGUACAGAACCAGCAGUCCCGGAACGCCGGCACCCAGCGGAACCAGGCCUUUAGACACGUGCUCCAACAGAACCAGACCAGGGGGAGCGAACAGAGUGUCAAGACCGAACCACGGCCCAACGAGUCCCCGAAGGAGGACGAGCAGCCGGAGCAGAAACCCACGGAGCCCCCUCCGGAGAAGGCCGAGGAGGAGCCGAAGAAGGCCGAAGAGGAGCCGAAGAAGCUGGAGAAAUGCCCCGAAACAUCCCCCCUGCUCGGUAAGAAGUCUGUGUUCGUGUGUGUGUUCGUGUGUGUGUUUGUUUGUUUGUGUGUGUGUGUGUGUGUGGUCAGUCUUCAGUGACUCAGACUCAGAAAUAUUAAUAUUAGUCUCUGUCUGUGAUUUUACAUAAAAGAAGAUCUGCUUCAAAAGUCCCUUUAACUGCUUUGGAUUCACUAAUUCAGUCAGAACAGGCUGUUUUAACCUGACUGUUUUAACCUGACUGUUUUAACCUGACUGUUUCAAUCUGACUGUUUCAAUCUGACUGUUUUAACCUGACUGUUUUAACCUGACUGUUUUAACCUGACUGUUUCAAUCUGACUGUUUCAAUCUGACUGUUUUAAUCUGACUGUUUUCCUCUGACUGUUUUACUCUGACUGUUUUAAUCUGACUGUUUUAAUCUGACUGUUUUAAUCUGACUGUUUUACACUGACUGUUUUAAUCUGACUGUUUUCCUCUGACUGUUUUAAUCUGACUGUUUUAAUCUGUUUUCCACUGACUGUUUUCCUCUGACUGUUUUAAUCUGACUGUUUUAACCUGACUGUUUUAAUCUGACUGUUUUAACCUGAUUGCUUUCCUCUGACUGUUUUAACCUGACUGUUUUAAUCUGACUGUUUUACACUGUCUGUUUUAAUCUGACUGUUUUCCUCUGACUGUUUUAAUCUGACUGUUUUAAUCUGUUUUCCUCUGACUGUUUUCCUCUGACUGUUUUCCACUGACUGUUUUCCUCUGACUGUUUUAACCUGACUGUUUUAAUCUGACUGUUUUAAUCUGACUGUUUUCCUCUGACUGUUUUAAUCUGACUGUUUUAACCUGACUGUUUUCCUCUGACUGUUUUAAUCUGACUGUUUUAAUCUGACUGUUUUAACCUGACUGUUUUAAUCUGACUGUUUUAACCUGACUGUUUUAACCUGACUGUUUUAACCUGACUGUUUUCCUCUGACUGUUUUAACCUGACUGUUUUCUUCUGACUGUUUCAAUCCGUCUGUUUUACUCUGACUGUUUUACUCUGACUGUUUUAACCUGACUGUUUUAACCUGACUGUUUUAACCUGACUGUUUUAACCUGACUGUUUUAACCUGACUGUUUUCCUCUGACUGUUUUAACCUGACUGUUUUCCUCUGACUGUUUUAACCUGACUGUUUUAACCUGACUGUUUUACUCUGACUGUUUUAACCUGACUGUUUUAACCUGACUGUUUUAACCUGACUGUUUUCCUCUGACUGUUUUAACCUGACUGUUUUCCUCUGACUGUUUUAACCUGACUGUUUUCUUCUGACUGUUUCAAUCCGUCUGUUUUAAUCUGACUGUUUUAAUCUGACACACACACGCACGCACGCACGCACGCACGCACGCACGCACACUCACACACACACACACACACACACACACUCACACACGCACACUCACACACACACACACACACACACACACACACACACACACACACACACACGCACACACACACACACACACAGAGGACGUGGUUGUGUGUUAGAUAAGGAACUGUCAGAGCUGUUUAAUGACUGUAAUGAUUAAACCAAAUGAGUUUCUAUAGAAUAUCACAGCAGGUCACAUGUGUCUGAAUCUACAGGAACAAAGUUCAGAUCAGUUCUUAGCAGCGUGUGAUGAUUUAUUAAGUCAAUAAAAUAAACUUGAUGAUACAGACUUUGAAUUAAUGUUUAAAUGGUCUGAAACCAAGACUGAGAGGAAGGACACACUUUGAAUUUGUGGGUUUAUUGUUGUCGUUUUAAAGGAUAACACAGUCAGAAAUAGCUUCACCAUCACAGACAUCCUUGGUUAAUGUUCAGUUUGGUCACUUUUUUGUGUCUCCAGUUCAGUUUCAGGUCUGUGUGAUUGACACUCUCCCUGAUGAUGCUUUAUAGUGGAUAAAAUAGAGCUCUGUCCAGCUGUCUGUAAUGAUAAAGACAGAAAAAAACACAAGUACAGUACAGGCCGAAAGUUUGGACACACCUUCUCAUUCGAUGCGUUUUCUUUAUUCUCAUGACGGUUUACGUCGUCGAUUCUCACUGAAGGCAUCAGAACUAUGAAUGAACACGUGUGGAGUUACCUACUUGACAAAAAAAGGUGAAAUAACUGAAAACAUGUUUCAUAUUCUAGUUUCUUUAAAACAGCCACCCUUUGCUCUGAGUACUGCUCUGCACACUCUCAGCAGUCUCUCGGUGGUCACCUGAAAUGGUUUCUGAGUUCUCAGAGGUGUUUAGCACUUGUUGCCCCCUUUGCCUUCACUCUGCGGUCCAGCUGACUGUGGAGGCCAGGUCAUCUGCCGCAGCACCCCAUCACUCUCUUUCUUGGUCAAAUAGCCCUUACACAGCCUGGAGGUGUGUUUGGGGUCUUUGUCCUGCUGAAAAAUAAAUGAUCGUCCGACGAAACAAAGCAAACCGGAUGGGAUGGCAUGUCACUGCAGGAUGCUGUGGUCUCCCUGCUGGAUCAGUUUUAAAUAAAUCCCCAACAGUGUCAAAUAAAUAAAACAAACAGUCAUGAAAAUAAAGAAAACGCAUCAAAUGAGAAGGUGUGUCCAAACUUUUGGCCUGUACUGUACAUAUGGACAUUUUACACAGAAUUAUUUCAGCCGGUGACGUCUAUUAAAUACGUUUUUUAACUGAGGUCUAGGCUUUCCGCGGUAUACCGUAAACACCGUCAUCGCGAUGAAAUAAAGUCACGGUGACGUAAUUUCAAUAUUAUGUAGCGCCAUAAUAAAGAUAUCACUUCACGUUCACAUGAACAUUAGUGGUCAGUCUGGGCUACAGUAAGACAGCAGCACCGAAAUAUUGAACCUGCGGAGUGCUGGAAAAAACACGGUCGUAUCUUCCAUUAGUUCUGGGCAGGCUGCCGUGCCCAUGAUGACUAUGCGCUGCACCCUGUAAAUGGUUCAGUCCAACAAUCAAGCCCCCCCCCCAGGAAAGGUAGUUUUGGUAUAAAACACACCUAAAGUGACGCCCCGCCAUAUCCACAUGAUCCAUUCCAGGAAGCGUGCACAAUGAUGGCAUGAUGAUGGCAGACCCCUCCAAACCAGACCACAAUAUUUGUUUGAGUUAAAUAAUUGUCUGGUUUAUUGUGUACAUAAAGUAUAGUACACUAAUGUUACUCAUACAGACGAGACACACCACACAGACAGACACAGAUUUUGCAAAGAUAAAGCAACGUUUUCUUGUGAGGAUGAUCCUUGUGUGUUUCGGUUGUCAUUUCAUAGCCCCUAGUAAAGUUUAUUUUUUAAUAUACCGUCACCAUGAAAUACCGAGGUGUAUGGUACUGUCACCGGGGAAAGCCUACUGAGGUCACAUUAAACUUGAUUAUUCUAUAAAUUAAAGCAGAAUUAUAUGAAACAGUUUUUAAUAUGCUGUGAUUCAGGAUGGACGGUUGUAAAAUCAGCUCUGUGACGGCGGGGGUGGACAGGUGGAGCUGAGUCUUUAAAAACUCAUCAGUCAUGUGACCUGACACACACGCUCAUGGUCAUCGCUCCUCCAGGAAAGUCUGCCAGACGUCACUUUAAUGCUGCGAGUCAUUAUCACCGUGCACACGCUCAGUAUCUGUGUGUGUGUGUGUGUGUGUGUGUGUGUGUGUGUGUGGUGAAGGAAGAUCAUUUGUUUUCCCGUAUGUACCAAAGUUACCCUGUUUUUUCUUCUUUUAUUCCUUUGGAACUGACACAGCCAGUCUGACAGCUUCUCUUACCUGUGAGCCAAUCAGCUCGCAUGCUCACCUGAGCGUGUCUCCAUGUUACCUGAGUAUUAUCUGCAUUGAUGGUGAUGAUAACGUGUUUCUUUAAACAGUGGCUUUAGUCUGUAACCACACAAUGAGGGUGUGAAUAAUCUGAACCAACACUUCCUGCAGGUAACCUUUUCUUCGCCUGUGUUUGUGCAGACAGACACCUGAGGUCCUGAGCUCUCAGAAUAACUCUCGUCCAAUCAGAUCGCUCGGUCAGGGGCGGACCGUUGUAUCAUAGAGUUUAAAAUUUCACGGCUGCAGAAAGUGAACAGUGGUUUACAUUUCUGCUGCUGCAACAACAAGGACAGCCUGCAGCGACAUACCUUUAUGAACACACACACACACACACACACACACACACAAUGUUCAGCGGGUGGGACAGGACCGACAGACCGGGGGCAGGUCCAACAACAUACCUGAGAUACACCUGAAACACUGGCUCUCAGGUUCAUUUUCACUGUGACAGAGUCUGAUAACAGGAACCUUCAGAGCAGCUGAUCACAACCUUGUGUGUUAUCAGACCUCCUCUGUAGACCUUAGUGGACCCAGCAGACCAGUUUUUGGGGUCAUGAUGCUCCAAAUGUUGUAAUCCCUGAGGGGCAUGAAGCAUCUAUGAUUUUCAGUUCUUUGUUGAAAGGACAACUGGACUCAACUCAGUCCAGUUGUCCUUUCCAAAAGCAGGUCAGUUGUCCUCUUCUCCUCUGUCCACCUUAAAGGGAUAUUCCUGCGUAAAAUUAAGUUAUGGUCAAACUAACCGUAACCCCGAGUUAGACCCCGCCCCCCUCCAGAGAUGAAUGUUGUCGACCGCUUCCUUCUCUAGUUAUACCAACUUUAGUAACGACCGCAGGAUAGAAAUACAGAGAGGUCUGAGGAGACAUAAACAAACCUCAACCAAAACGCCACUCUAUAUAGAGACCUCAGGCUAGUCCAUUACAGACUACAGCGGGGUGCCGCAGCUCAAGGAAGAACAUUUAUGAUCAUUUCUUUAUCAUUUCCUUGAAGUAAUAAUCACCAUAUUAAUCAUUUUACAGACGCUGUAGUUCUUCUGUCUUAGCGUCUCGGUCUGAUUGUAUUUCCAUGAAGAAAUGAUCAUAAAUGUUUUUCUUUGAGCUGUGGCACCCCGCUGUAGUCCGUAAUGGACUGGCCUGAGGUCUCUCUACAAACAAGCGUCUGCUGGAAGAGAGUCGGUGAGUUGUGUUUAGUCUCUUUGCUAAAGAAAUGAGUCAAAGUUAAAAAGAUGUUUGGUGUCUAGUACUAUGGCUGUGACCCUAUAUGUACUAACCUCAGUAGAACAUGGUGUAGUUCCGUACAGUAACAGAACCUCAUUGGAAAAAUUAGCUGAUUUAACUUUACUGUGCUCUUGUUCAAAUAUAUUAACUCGACAGCACAUAAAUCCAUACCUGUUAACAAAAUCAUGAUUUUAUUGAUAAUUCGUCUCAAUAAAAACACCUUUACCUUUUUAUUUUACUACAGUAGAAGUUUAUUGGCCCAGCUUAUAGACUAUAGAGGUGAAGAAACGCCCCCGCUUAAGUUUAUGUUUUCUUAGGAGUUAGAACAACUCUGAAUAUAGUCCUAUGGCUGUGACCCUAUAUGUCCUGUUGAUGAAGUUAGGUGCUGUUCUGAGCAUUAUUUGUGGCUAUAGAGUGGCGUUUUGGUUGAGGGCGUGUCUCUCUGUAUUUCUGUCCUGCGGUCGUUACUAAAGUUGGUAUAACUAGAGAAGCAAGCGGUCGACAACAUUCAUCUCUGGAGGGGGGGUCUAACUCGGUGUUACGGUGGGUUUGACCCUGAAUAAUUUUACCCCUGAAUAUCCCUUUAAAUAAAAACCUGCUGACAUUUCCUCCUUCCUGUAACAGACUCUCACCUGGACUUUGGUACCAGCUGACACACACAGAGCUCUUGAACUAACACAGGAACAGCACAUGAAAGUGAGCUCUGACUGUGCUGGAGGCUCACUCAGGUAUUUACCUGAAACCAGUUCUUCCUCUUCUUCUUCUUCACUGUUAAAAAGACAAAAGCUACCUGAGCUCCUCAGCUUCUGUUUGUUCACAGACAAAGUGAAAAAGGAUGAGUUUUAACGUUUUACAGCAGCACAGGAGGUCUGGUUACAGCUUCAGGCUCGUUAGCAGGUGUUGAGUUGAUUCAAAGUUUAGUUUGGGGUAAUUAACAGUAUUUAGGGACUCUGUGUGGCGCUCUGAGCCGCUCUGGUUCACCCUGAUGGGCACAGACUGAACAGAUCCCUGGUUAGUCAAUCUGCAGACUGGUAUAUGAGACCCUCUGAAGUGUCCGAUCAGGUUAACCAGACUCAGAGAGAGAAGCUGCCCCUCUUCACUCGGUAAGAAAUGAACCAAGCUGUUUGUGGAUUUGUUAAACAAAUGAACCUGAAAUUUCCAUCUGGACCCAGGAGAGACCAGCACUUUGUAAAAACAGGCCCAGAAACCGAAACCUGCAGGUGAGGGAGGGAAACCGAACAAAGGAAGGGCGUGUUCGACGUGCUGUUAUAAUUCACUGAACGACGUUAACGACGACCUUUAUUAGCCUUAUUAUGACAGGUGUCCUCAUGGUUAUGUCAGCCUAAUGUCAGUCUCACACUGAAAUAAACUAUAAUUAUAAUCACUUUCACUCAUCAGCUCAUUUAACAAACUUGUGGAGGAGUUUUAGUGGAAGUUAAGUUUUCUGAAAACGAUCAAAUUAACAUUAAAAAGGUUCUUUAAUUCACUGUUUCAGACUUUAUAAACAGACAAUAACCCAGAGAGAGAGAGAGAGAGGAGCUGAAACCUGAACCUCCUUUCAGUCUCUCACAGUUUAUGAGCUCCACGGUUUUUCAGUUCCUCAUGUCAGAUACGUUUCUGUGUUUUUCUCAGUGAAGACUGGAUCUGUCCGUGGGAGGAUAAAUCACAUGAUCAGAUUUUUUAUAAAUCACAUCAGAAACACUGAGAGUCCGAGUUUUCAGGAUCUGAUGGAGCUCUAACCUCCAGUUCAGCCACCCUGAGGACUGAAAAGAUUCACAGCUCUGUGUUUAUCCGAGGACCCUUUCACAAUAAAAGCUCAGAUUGAACUGCUUUACACCAGUCUGUCGCUGUUAGCCUGUCUUCUUCUUCUCCCCUCCUCGGCCCCUGAAGGGUUAAAGCUGUCGUCUGAUUGGCUGUGUGUCCAGGUUGUGGCGUUCUCACAGUGGAAACAGCAGCUGACUGUACUGUGAGUCCAGAUGUCAGAGCGCUGCCUGUUUUUCCAUGUCGAUGUCCACACUUACUCUGAUAAUGAUAAUCAUAUUCUGAACCCUCCUCCUGUGUGCGGGUCUGUACCGACCCGUUUUAGAUUUAAAAUGCUUAAAAGAACCACUUCGAUUAACUUUUUUGCAUCAAGACCUAUUUAGGUCAGGAACCUUGAUUUCAACAAAAUAAAAAUAAAAAAGUUAAAUUGACUCAGUUAUAAAAUGCUCUUAUCAAAAUUAUGGCGCUUGUCGUGUUAGAGUCGCUGUUGACCCGGUUAGAUCAAUAUCUAAUAAUCAGAGCAAAAACUGAAAUCAUAAGUGCGCUGACAGUCAGAUCCUCUUCUGAUCAUGUCAGAUUUAGGAAAUUCUAAUUUUUCAUGUUUUUCCUGCACAAUAAAACAACAUCAGGCAUGUCCAGACAUGUCAGGUCAGAUCAGUACAGAUGUCUGUGUGAGGCAGAGGACCACUACAAAACUAUUAUAAUCAAUAUUUUCAUUGAUAAUGAAGCCGAACAAGUUAACCCAGAGAGGAGAACCAAACUGGAUUAUAGAGAAUAGUUUUUAAUUUACAGCUGAUUGAAGACACGGGUCAGAACCGACCCUAACAUGGAGGGUGUGCAGUAAAAACUAACACAGGAGGAAGGUUAAACUCAAACACAUACUGAUACUACGGUGGCCGAGAACCGCCACAGCUGCAAAUUAAAAAAAAGACACAACCGAAGUUAAUGACGGAAAAAAAAAUGGCUAUGCAAAAAUAAAAGGAUGCAAAUAAAAAGAGUCAGAACAGAAGUGAGCUGUAGUUAAACUGAAGGAUGACGGUGUAGAGUUAGCUUGAGUUUAACUUCAUAUGGACUCAGGCGCUACACGGUCUAAAAAAAUGACACAUUAAAAAGUUUACGAAGUGAAAUUAAUCAAUAACAUUUCCACGAACUUCUUUGUUCGUCUUCUCGCCGUCGUCUUCUGUGCCGAGAUCGUAAAACACCGGUGCAUCAUCAUUAUUGGUCCCCAGCAGCUCAAUUCGGUUGUGGCUUUUUUUAUUUGAAUCCUUUUAUUUUUGCAUGAAGUUUUUUUUUCCAUCGCUGCUUUUUUUUUUUUUUUUUUGCAUCGUUACCUUCAGUUGUGUUUUUUUUAUCUGCACCAUUUCUUUUUUUGUCGUUAUUUUAUUUAUUUAUUUUUUUGCAUCGUUUCUUUUUUAUUUGCAUCCUUUUAUUUUCGCAGAAAGUAACUUUUUAUUUUUUUGCAUCCCCACUUUUUUUGUGUCGUUAACUUCGGUUGUGUCUUUUUUUUUAUUAUCUUUCUUUUUUUUCUGCAGCGGGCUUCAGUUUUUUUUUUGUUUUUUUUGCAUUAAUUUUUUAUUUCCCGUCCACCGUAUGAUACACAUAAUAAACACACCACUGAAACACAGCAGGUCUCCUCUUGUGUAGAACUGAGCGGUGACAGUCGGUGUUAUUUGGAAACAGUCAUAAAACAGGAUAAACAUGUUUGACUGUCCUCAGACUUUAAUCUGAUUCAUUCAGACGUUCAGUAACACGUCUUCAAAUCGACCAGCAGGAGGGAGGAGGAGAGCUGACCUGGACCGAAUCCUGUCAGUCAACUCUGAGUCUAAAAACCAACAAACAUCAGAGGAAGAAAAACAGUUUGAAGAGUUGGAGCUCGUAAACAUGUGAAUGAGGAAACUCGUGUUUGUCGUCUUGACAGGAUCCGCUUCUUCAAACAGCUGAGCAGGUUCCUGACCCGCGGUCUGAGGUCUGUCUCUGAAAACACAGUUUUUACUCUGACAGGAGGACUCCAGAUCUGGGUCCUCCUGAGUGUCCAAAGGUGGACUUCCUUUGUGAUGUUAAAACAGGAGUGGGAGGACCUGAACGCUGAGCACUGAAGGCCGACUCUCUGGUUGUCAUGGCGACGGUAUAACUGGAAAAACGUGGUUACAUUCUUCAGAUGGCGCUGCGGUGAGCGGACCCCGAAGUCUGCUCGGAGGAAAGUUUCGGGUUUCUGCUGUUUUCAGUGACCUGAGCCGACCCGGGACCAGUUUGAUCAGUUUGUGUAACUUUGAUGAUCUGUGAGGUUUAUUAUCAGGCUGAUGGGGGGGGGGGGGGGGGGUCUGUGUGGACUCAGCUGUGGCCCCCCCCCCAUCCUCCCAGUCCUCUGUCUUUACUGAGACACUGAUGAAGAUGAUGAAGACGAGGGUUUGGUUAGUAAUCACAAACUAAAACUUCUUUACUCCUCAGAUCCUUCAAAUCUGUAUUAUCAAUCAAUCAAUCAAUCAAUCAGUCUUUAUUUAUAUCACACUUUUCAAACAAGACCAUGUUUUACACAGAAAAAGGAAUAAAAGAAACAAAGAAAACCCAAAUCUACCCUAAACCAACCUCUCAUUCCCACAUCUGAACAGAAUUAAAACUCAUGAACUUGAUUUGAUUUAGUAAAAACAGGAGUGUGUUCACUGAGGAAACGCCGUUUUAAAACUCAAGAUAAAGAAACACUGAAGGUUUAAAAUCGAACAACAGAGGAACGUUUCAGAAAUUUAAGAAAUAAUCAAUAAAACAGUAAAAGAAACUAAAAUAAGAGCGACGAUCCUGUCAUUAAAACUAGGAAGAGAUAAACGAUAAAAGACUGAAUGAGAUCAAAUUUAGUGAGAAGUUAAACCGACUCACUCUGUAAACUGACACGUCAUCAUCACUACGGUGAUCUUUGGACUCUACAGCCCAACACACACACACACACACACACACACACACACACACACACACACACACACACACUCUCACACACACACACACACUAACUGUUUCCUCCUGUUGGUCUUCUGCUUGUUAAUCUGGUCUCUCUGAAUCCAUUUCACUGACUAAAACCAGACCUGGACUCUCUGGGACUAGAGCUGCUGACAUGGAGGUCUGGAGGCGGAGGGGGGGUCAUUGAACCUUCUCUGUGUUUGUUUCACACUCUUUAUUCCACUAUUAUUGUGUUUUGAGUUUGUUGAACAGUGUCUAAUAAGCCCAUGGGGCUGGGCACCAAUUUUGGUGUAUGACACUUAAAUAAAAUUAUCAAAUCAAAAAAAAAAUUAUAAUAUUAAUUCCACUAUAAUAAUAAUAAUAAUACAUUGUAUUUAUAAUUUACAUCUGAGAGAACAGAUCUCAUAGUGACACACAGACGCUCAAAGUAAAAACAGUCAGAAUAUAAAAUAAAUAUAAAAUCAAUGACUCAGGAUCCCUUCAGCACGUUAAAGUUCUGUUCAGGUUAAAUAAGAGAAGUGAGGAUGAGUCCAAGAGUGAGAAUGAACUCCCUGUUGUCUCAGAUGUAGGGCUGGGCGAUACGGGAAAAAGUUUAUCAUGAUAUAUUAUUUUUCUAUCAGCUGAUAUCGAUCAAUAUCAGGAUAUAAAAAUGUAACAGUGUUUAUUGGUCUCAUGUCUUUUCCAACACAAUAAUCUCCUGCAUCUGUGAGGUCUUUGUGUCUCUGUUAAAGUGCUGUGGUUGGGUGUAGCUGCUGGUUGAUACUUGGUUCUAAUUCAGAACAUGAUUGGUUCAGACCCGGAGACACUCCCCUUUUCAUUGGCUGUUCGUACAGUCGACCAGAACAUGUCAGAAUGCCUGUUAGAGGCCUGUAGGUGUUUUCACGUAAAUACUGCUCAGUUAUAUUGUGUUUAUGUGUUCGCUCCUGAACGCACUAUAGUCGUUCUGACAUGAUUGACGCACCGCACCUGUUUGAGAUGCUGCAGCUGUGAAAGUUUAGUUUCCUCCUCAUGCAGCAGAGGAUUGUUGGUAAACUUCCUUCACCUGUUUUUACCAAAUAUUCACCUUCUCAUCCGGGUUUAUUGUGAGUAAAUAUCAGAAGUGAGUUUGAGGAUGUUUCACUGUCUAACUCGGAUGUUAUAUUGUGUUCAUGUUUACUGUUUCCUGUGAAUAUGGCUGAUGCUCAGUAUUAUAUGUUCAGUAUUAUAUAUGUGUGUUGUGUAUUAUAUAUGUGUGUUCAGUAUUAUAUAUGUGUGUUCAGUAUUAUAUAUGUGUGUUCAGUAUUAUAUAUGUGAGUUCAGUAUUAUAUAUGUGUGUUCAGUAUUAUAUAUGUGUGUUCUGUCUGCUGUGAGCUGCACUGAACCACAUAAACCCACUAAACUGGACAUCUGUCUCUUUUAACGGGGACACACACACCAAAUAUCUUCCCGCUCCAAACCAGAUAAAUCCUGGAGAACCAACUUUUCUCCUUUUUAAUGACGACUAUCGAAAAGCAUAUCGAUCAUGUUUUAUAUUGAUAAUAAGGGAAAUUAAUUUUCAAUAUCGUUUUAGUUUUAUCGCCCAACACUACUCAGAUGUAACCAUGGCGAUGGUGACCAUCUGCAUGGCGAGGAACACAGCCCUGUGUUCGCUGUCUUCGCUGUUGAGCUUGAAGACAAAGUCAGUUGGGUUCGUCACGGUCCCUGAACUGAGUCCCAGACCCGGGAUCUCUGCUGGACUUGGGUUUUUAUUGAUGCACCUGGACCAGAGCGGAGGUGGACUCUCCCCGGUGGAGGUCUGAGGAGGUCACAGUUGGACCGGUUCUUGAGUCUCUGUGGUGUUUGGAUCAGACUCAGGAGUGUUUGAGUGUUUUAAUGUUGAGUGAAUCUAGUAUGACAGCAGAGCAGUCUAUUCUCUGUAGCUCUAGAUCUUCCACCUCCUCCUCUUCUUUAAGCUCCUCUUCACCCGAUCUCCUCCUGGGGUUAGUCUGAUUCUGUUCUCUGUGUCGUCCUCAGUGGGUCCUCUGCGGGUGGAGUUUAACACCCCGGUGAGUCUGGACCAGAUCGUGAAGGAAAACCCCAACCUGCAGCCGGGGGGGCGCUUCAAACCCAAAGACUGCGAGGCGCAGCAGAAGGUGGCGCUCAUCAUCCCCUUCAGGAAACGAGACGAACACCUCAAGUUCUGGCUCUACUACCUCCACCCCAUCCUGCAGAGACAGCAGCUGGACUACGGCGUCUACGUCAUCAACCAGGUACGCCAUCACAUCACUGCGACCACCUCUGCAGGUGCAUUAUGGGUGAAAGGAAUCUGCUGGUACAGGCGUGGAGGGUUGGACUUUGAACUCCUUACAAUGAAAGCUCAGGGAGGGUCUUUGAAAAAGGGCCUGGAGAUCCUGGAAACCCCUUUGUACCUUUGUCUUAAUGUGUGUUAACCUGUUCAAACACACACACACACACACACACACGUGCGCGCUCAUGUAGAUGUGAUGUGGCUCAGGAACAGAGGAGCAGGAGGAGUAAACUCGGCGUUCAGGCGUUUCAACACCGACACAUUAAGAAGGUUAAUGACUGUGUUUGUGUUUGGCGUGAACGCAUCAUCAGACUUUAAUUCAUCAAGAAGAAGGACGCCGUCACGGGCAGGUCCUUCGCUGUCCGUCAGACACUGUCGCUACCCGAUCCGCCCUGAAAACCCGAUCCGUACUGAGCAAGAGUAAAUUUACUUCACCUUAAAAACUUUAUUUAAACUACCGAUCGAUUCAGAAACAAUCUGGCGAUGUUACAGGCUCGCUACCAGGAGGCUUCAGAGAUAAUACCGAGACAUUCGCCAGAGCUCCUGCCCAGAACGGGGAGACCUUUUGGGCCACAGAGAGCGCCAUCACCCGGUCAAAAUGAUGGUUCUCUGACUUUUCAAAGUAUGAAAGCGGGAUUUAUUUUAUUUAUUUAUUUUAUAAUUAAAUUUAUUAACAAGAAGACGACACAUUAUGGACGAUGAACUUUAACGUUUUUAUUCAGAGUUUCUGUUUCAACACUGAAAUAUUCACAUUUAAGCGGGAAACUGGGCGCCAUUCUCUGGACUCUCCGGCGCUCUGAUACAGUCGGGGGAAGAACUGUUAUAAACUGACGCCAGCUUGCUGACGCUGAAGCUGUCAAACACGUGUCGAAGCCGCAAACCACGAGGGACAGAGAAUCGCUGAGCUGUCGCAAAGACGGCUAGUAGAGGAAGUGACGUACAUUUCGCACAUGUGCAGUACAAACCGGGUUUCCGGGACGGAUCAGGUAGCGACAGACACAGCUGCCUCCUCCUCCUCCUCCUCCUCCUCCUCUCUGCUCUGAAGUAAAAAUGUCGCCCUGCGUGUUUUGAAACAGUUCAGGUGAGUCGUCAGUUUGGACCAAUCACAGACAGCCUCAACAUAGAUCUCUGCUCCGUUAACUAGAUUCUGACAGCGUCACCGUAUCUGUACCUGCAGCUGGUCAGGGGAGGAGCUUACCUGGGGAGUGUUCAAAGAGUGUGUGUGUGUGUGUGUGUGUGUGUGUGUGUGUGUGUGUGUUAACUGCAUGGACUCUAACAUCACAGAGACGCGAGGAGCAGACGACUCUCUGAACGUUUUUCUUCUUCUGAUGUUUGUUUGUUUGUGACUCACAGUUUUCUUCUUCUUCUUCUUCUCUUUCUUGUGUGUCUCCUCCCUCCUCCUCCUCCUCCUCCUCCUCCUCCUGCUCCUCUUCCUCCUUCUUUGUUACCGCAGUUUCCUCCUCCUCCCUCAUUCACACCACCUCCCCUUCCCUCUGCAUGUCAGGCAUUUCUGACCAAUGGCAGUAAUCACUGGAGAUGUUGGCACCGCCCCCUGCUUGGUCUCGGCCAAUAGCAGCAUGUGUUGUCAGAGGGGGGCUGCUCUGGUAAAUCAAGCUUCUUCUUCUUCUUCUUCUUCUUCUUCUGUUUCAAUCUGCUUCGACUUUUCUCUCUGUUCCUUCUUGGAGACAUCGUCAUCAUGUCGAUCUAACCUCUGCAGGGCCUCUUCAUCAAACAACAGUGUACAACACAACACUACACAACACAACACUACACUACACAACACUACACAACACAACACGACACGACACGACACGACACGACACUACACAACACUACACUAUACAACACUACACUACACAACACUACACUACACUACACGACACGACACUACACUACACGACACUACACGACACGACACGACACGACACAACACUACACGACACAACACUACACUACACAACACAACACAACACAACACUACACAACACUACACUACACUACACUACACAACACAACACUACACUACAUAACACAACACAACACAACACUACACUACACAACACUACACAACACUACACUACACUACACUACACAACACUACACAACACUACACGACACUACAGGACACUACACUACACUACACAAAACUACACUACACUACACAACACUACACAACACUACACAACACUACACUACACAACACUACACAACACUACACAACACUACACUACACAACACUACACUACACAACACUACACAACACUACACUACACAACACAACACAACACUACACAACACUACACAACACUACACAACACUACACUACACUACACUACACUACACAACACUACACUACACUACACUACACUACACAACACUACACAACACAACACUACACAACACUACACGACACGACACGACACAACACUACACUACACUACACAACACUACACUACACUACACAACACAACACUACACUACACAACACUACACAACACUACACUACACUACACAACACUACACGACACGACACAACACAACACUACACUACACAACACUACACUACACAACACAACACUACACAACACUACACUACACAACACAACAGUACACAACACAACACAACACUACACUACACAACACUACACAACACUACACUACACUACACAACACGACACAACACUACACAACACAACACAACACUACACAACACAACACAACACAACACUUCCAGAGCUGUGACAAGAGCAGAGAGAGGACGAGAUUUAACUGCGGACUCUGAAAACAUGUUUAUUGGCUGAGAGGAAUCCAACAUGUGUCUGAUUAUAGUCAUUAAGCAUGACUCACACACACUCACACUCACACACACACACACACUAGUCUGUCUUGUAAACAUCCACACUGAGGACCUUGGCUGUUAAAGAAAGGAAUCGCUCCACCCACUGUGACACUUCCACAGUGGUCAUGUGACCUCAGUCAUUUAAGGAGGAAAAGAUUAAAGGAGAUUAAAAAAACGCUCCAGAGAUGAUUGAGUACGAUCUUCUCAAAGUCGAGUUUAUACGAUCAUUAAAGGUCCAAAGAUCUUCAGGACAUUAAAAACAGAUGGGACUCUGGAGUGAAGGUCGAAAUCAUAGAUGCUGCAUCCUCAGUUUUUAAGAAUCGAGGGUCCACCUGGCUUGUUCUAACCCCCGACCUCCACCUUCAUCCUGAUCGUCUUCCAGUAUGAAAGGACUUUAACCCGUGCUGGAAAGGAAGUCGGGCACAGACACAAAAUAAAACAUCCGGCUUCUUUUCAAAAUAAAACACUCCGUGUUUCAGGAGGAUCGUAUUUCACACCAUGCAAACGGGCGGAGACGAACAAGUGAAAGGUUUUUAGACGUCAUUUCACCCCGAUGACACCAUGGAUGAGGAGAUGCUGAUUCUAGAAGUCUAGAAGUAGAUUUCCUCCUCUGGAAGGACACAAUCUACUGCUUAUAUGUCUAUGUGUCUGUCUUUAGAGGGACAACUCGUUAUCGUGUGAUUGAACGUGAAUCUGCGGGUUCUUGUGAGUUCUCGAGAUUCCUGCUGUCAGUAAUCCGCCAUGAAAUUCGCCUCACAAACAGAUCCGGUAGGAAUUGGCGGACGGCGAAAAUCUCGGAAAAUUGGGGGUUGGCUCCCAGUCCAAAUCCAGCAUCCCUGAUGGUCCGGGGAUCAUGAGAGUCCACGUCCUGGGUAUCUUCCCCAUCUGUGAAGGCUCCUGUAAUGUCUUCUUUAAAUGACAACAAACAGUGAACACAUGAUCUAAUUAAGUGUCUGUAAUGGAGUUGAUGAACUUCGUUGGUGAACUGAUCAGUUUAAACUCUCCGAUGUUGCGUAAACAUAACAACAGGUCUGUUCAACAUCAGGAAAUAUGCUGCAGCGUUGUUCGUGGUGGUCAUGAGAUCAGGAUAGACGGUGUUGUUGUAAUCUCUCAGAAUAAUAGUCGAGUUUAGGGAGUGACUCUGACACGCCUGUUUCAUGUUUCAUCACAUGUUUUCUGUCCUCACUGAUCUCAGCUCAGUUUUCACAUGUUUAACAGGUAAUCUACUGUAAGUCUGAAUCUUUUAUAAGAACACUGUGCUCAUAGUUUAACGUGCCGAGGCAAUGUUCUGCAGGCCCGCAGGUAAAAAGCACACCUCACACCUGAGAGCUCAGUGCAGGUGUCACCUAGCAACCUGUAACUGCAGACAAAUACCUACUAUAGAAACCUGAGGAGAGUGUUCAUUAGACGAACACCAUGAAGACACCUUCCUGUCUGUGUGUGUGUGUGUGUCUGCAGGUACACAUACCUGUUCAUCAUUGGUUAUCAGUAAUGAUCCUUAUAUUCACCAGUAGAUUGAGAUUUAAUGUGAAAUAACUGAUUCAAGUAACUGAACGUCGAGGUGACCUGUCCCAAAGUUUUGGACAAAGACUAUAAAAGCAGCUGCAGCUGAGUCCGAACAGACUGACCCUGAACAAGCAGUCUGUGCUAAGAGGCUUCAGGGACCCAGACCACCUACCAACUAUUCAGCCAAAACCACACCAGCAGAACAACCGUCCGGUCUUUAGACCAACUGACCAACCCACUAACCCAUCAACCAACCAACUGACCAACCAACUAACCAGUCAAAACCACACCAGCAGAACAACUGUCCGGUCUGUAGACCAACUGACCAACCCAUCAACCAGUCAAAACCACACCAGCAGAACAAUUGUCCAGUCUGUAAACCAAAUGACUAACCAACCAACUAACUCAUCAAUCAACCAACUGAGUAAUGAACCAACCAACCAACCAACCAUUCAGCCAAAACCACACCAGCAGAACAACCGUCCGGUCUGUAGACCAAAUGACCAUCCAACCAAAUGACUAACCAACCAACCAACUAACUCAUCAAUCAACCAACCAACUGAGUAAUGAACCAACAAACCAACCAACCAACCAACCAACCAACCAACCAACUAACCAAUUACCAACCAUUUAGCCAAAACCACACCAGCCGAUCAAUUGUUCUGUCUGUAGACCAACUAACCAACUUACUGACCAACCAACCAGUAACCAUCAGUCCGUCCCUUACGCCACCGAACCCACCAUCACUCUGAGCGACCAAUAAAAAUCCAACAUCCAGCGUCCCAACCACCAAUCAACCAUUGAGCCGUUCGUCCAACCACCCACUCCUGGGGUAGCAGCGGGCCUUACAGGUGUUCCCAACAUCCUUCUCCCAGCUCAUUCUGGAGGACUCGAGAAGCUACCAGACCUGACAGGGUGUAUCACCCCUCUAGUGUGUUCUAGGUCUAUUCAGGAGUCUCUGUCCCUAAACGGAGAUGUCCUCGUGAUGAAGCUCCAACCUUUGGUUAAAGACCGACUCCCCAUCCGGAGAGAGGAUUCCACCCGGGACUAGACGAAGAAUCCAUUCCAGCGCUGUCAAAGACUGAACCAGUUAAACCAGUUAGAGGGAACCUGUUGUUCAACCAGUUCAUACCGGAUCUGAGUAAACUGGAGUGUCGGGGUCUUAAUGACCUGAGGAAACACUUCCUGUCUGAGUGCUCAGUGUGAACGUUAUAACCUCGAACAAACAGAGAGGGUUAGGGUUCAGCUGACUGUGACUAUCAUCAGGUUCUCAUCUGAGCCUCAUCAUCAUCAUCAUCAUCAUCAUCAUCAUCAUCAUCAUUAUCGCUCUUAUUUCUCAUGAAUCUGUUUGUUCAUGUCUGAUCCUCCUCUGCUCAGUAAAGACAGGUGUGCAGCACAGAUCCUGUUUGACGUCUUUGUCCGUGUUCUUGGGAAUUAAAGACUGAGAACAGACUCGGUCUCCUGAGCUUCAGACCCUGGUGUCCAGUCAUGGACUUCUCCUGAACCAGAAUCAUGAGUUCAGUUCAACAGCCGAGAAAAUCCCACUCCAGUAUGUUUGACCAGAAACUUAGAAACACCCAAACUCAGAGGACAACUGGGCUUUGUUCAAGACUGUCCCCCUUUGGCCAAAGAUCCACGUCUCUGUGCAGUCCUGCAUUCUGCUGGAUCACGAGUCUAACUGUCAGGGUUCCUCCUGGAGGACAUCUCCAGAGGAGGUUCAGAGGAGGUCCAGAGGAGGUCCAGAGGAGGUCCAGAGGGGCUCAAGCUGAGUGGAUAGAAGAAGGAUAGAAGUUAAACGUGACAGAUAUCAUGGAUAUUCGGCUGGAACCCGUCCUGAUUUGUUGCACACGGUCCACAUAUGUUUCCUAAUGCUGUGUGUGUGUGUGUGUGUGUGUGUGUGUGUGUGUUGCACAGGACGGGGACGAGAUCUUUAACCGGGCGAAGCUCCUGAACAUCGGCUACACGGAGGCUCUGAAGGAGUACGACUACGAGUGCUUCGUGUUCAGCGACGUGGACCUGAUCCCCAUGGACGACCGCAACACCUACAAGUGUUUCAGCCAGCCGAGACACCUGAGCGUGUCCAUGGACAAGUUUGGCUUCAGGUACACACACUCCUACACACCUACACACACACACCUUCCUCUUAGUCUGAAAAGACAACGACACACAUGAAAGUGAUCAGUCUGUCAGCAGCUGAUGAUUAACAAGAACUCGGUUCAGCCAUGACACCUUCUCCAAACAGCAUUACACCAGGAAGUCAAACAACACACACACACACACACACACAAACACACAAAGGAGGCCUCAGAGUGUUUCACAUCAAUGGCAGUGCAAACAUCCACACACUGUGCAAAUGUAAUGAAAGUGUAUUUGUUCAGAGGAGUGUAACACCGUCAUUACACCAUCAGAUCAGGACUGUUCACAUUCAGUCCAGUAAAACCGAGACCGGACUCUUCCUGAUGGACCUGAGUCCUUGUUCUCAGACCUGGAGACCUGCCUCCUCCUCCUCAACACCUCAAAGACAGGAGAUGGUCAUAGACUUCUGUAGAUCCAAACCUUCAGCCUGUGAACACCUGUGGACAUCGAGGUGGUGACUUCAUAUAAACAUCUAGAUGUACAUCUGGAUAAUCAGCUGGACUAGUCUAAGAACCUAGACUUCAUCUCCAGAAAGGGUCAGAGCCGCCUCUUUAGCCUGAGAAGACUCCGAUCAUAGACGUCUGUAGUUAGAUGCUGCAGAUGUUUUAUCAGGAAGUAUCAAACACAAAGAUGGAGACGUCUGAACAAACUGGAGAAAAAGGCUGGACUCAGUGGAGAGAUCUACACUGAGGAAGGUGGAGACUAUUCUGAAGAACAUGGAUCAUCCACUUCACAACACCCUGAUGGACCAAAGGACCAACGGUGGUGGACGGAUCUUCUCUCUUCGCUGCAGGACAGAAAGAUUCAGAAGAUUCAGGGAUCAAUAAAGUUCUUCUUAAUCGCCAUGACUCAGACUAAGAGCGUCAACACGCCCACAUUCACCGACAGAUCGGCACAGAGCGUCCGUGAACGUCAACUGAACCAAUGACACAGACAUGAGGAGGAGGAGGAGGAGUUAUCAGGACCAUGGCGGUGAAAGUGGACCGAUCGGGCGUCUGUCCGUUCAUUCUGAGUUGAUGGGCGAGGAAGCAGGAAGUGCUGACAGAGACACCACAGAGGAAGAGAUCCUCCAUCUGUCAGGCUCCUUACUUCCUGUUUCCUGUCACACGGUCUCUCACACUCUCGCUCUCUGCUGCGGCGGCGGCGGCGGCGCUGUGACAGUUUGAUGAAGUGGACUUUUAUCUCCUCGUUUCCUGUUUUCGAGUUAGAAACAGGCGGCAGGUCCCUCAGAGAACACGUUUCUGUUCAAAACCAAACUUUAUUGAAACAGCAGGAGUCAUAUGACACGUGUGUGUGUGUGUGUGUGUGUGUGUGUGUGUGUGUGUGUGUGUGUGUGUGUGUGUGUGUGUGUGUGUGUGUGUGUGUCUGCAGGUUACCCUAUAACCAGUACUUUGGGGGCGUGUCCUCCAUGAGCAAAGACCAGUUCCUGAAGAUCAACGGCUUCCCCAACAACUACUGGGGGUGGGGGGGCGAGGACGACGACAUCUACAACAGGUACACACACACACACACACACACACACACACACACACACACACACACACACACACGUCUAUGAUAUCUGCGUGCAUGUGUCCGUUGAAGGCGUUGCUCUAGAGAAAGCCGACUGAAUGGUCGUCUGUUUCAGGCGCCAUGGGCUCCUCGCUCCUCUCGGGGUUUGUAACCUUUUGCGUUGCGCGUGCUCUGCGGCGUGGCGCUGCUUCAGGUGGUGAAAAAGAUUUGAGGUAUUCCCCGACUUUGUGAGAACAUGUACUCGACAUAAUUUACAGUCCACAUUACUCUGCUUCAUGUCCGACCUCCAAAAACCAAAAUACCUCCACACCACCGACGUUUUCCUAACGCCAGUGUUGUGGUUGACAUUGAUGUGGUCAUCUGUUGAGCCUUCAUGGUCAUUUCUGUCGGGGGUAGCACUCAUUUUCUUUGUUUCUCACCAACAGUGCUGUCGGCUUCACCUGUUAAAGUGCUAUGGUUGGGUGGAGCUGCUGUCUGCUACGACGCUGCAGUUGGUUGAUACUUGGUUCUAAUUCAGAACAUGAUUGGUUCAGACCCGGAGAAACUCCCCUUUUCAUUGGCUGUUCGUAUAGUCGACCAAAACAUGUCAGAAUGACGACUAUUGACUAAGAUAUUGAUCAUGUUUUAUAUUGAUAUUGAGGAAAUUAAUUUCAGUAUAUAUAUUGUUACCGUUUUAUCGCCCAGCCCUCGUUGUAUUCAUCCGUAGAUCCUCCAUGUAAACAGAUCGGCUCAGGACGCCCCUGGUUGGUUUUUAGAGUCUGAGUUUUCAGUGAUGAAGGUGUGUUUCAUCUCACCUGAACAAACCCUCAAAUCAAAGUUAAUGGAAACGGACCAUCUGGACCCGAGGUUGUUCGACGUGGCCAGUCUGAUCCUUGGAUUAAAUAAACAUUUAAAAGUGUAACGUUAGGUCGAUCAAGACGAGGAACAGAGUGAGUUCAGUUAGUACAUGUAUGCAGCGUCACACAGAGAUCACUUUACUGAUCUGAUAUCUGAUCAAUCAGAAGAAAAGAGUCAAAAAACAGAAGUUCAUUUUUUGAUGUUCCUGUAAAAGUCCAACCAGCCUGAGAAGAACAGAUGAUGACCACAGCUGUUCAACCCAAACAGGGAACCAGGAACCUGAUCUCCAUGUUCACACAAUCCACCAUGUCUGUGUGUGUGUGUGUGUGUGUGUGUCUGUGUGUGUGUGUGUGUGUUUCAGGAUAGCGUCUAAAGGGAUGGGGAUCUCCAGACCGAGCGGCGACGUCGGGAAAUGUCGGAUGAUUCGACACGAGAGAGACAAAAAGAACGAGCCCAACCCUCAGAGGUGAUCACACCUGCUCUCAUGUUCAGUCAGACACCUCAGUGACAGUAGGUGGUGAGCUAGAGCCCUCUGCUGGGCAACAAAGGCACUACAGGUGGUUUGGAAAAGGUCCUUUAUACAGUGUUUACAAAGUGGUUAUGGGUGAGAGUGAACCUCACGCCCCCUUCAGGUGAAAAUUAGCAAUGUGAAUAAAACAGGAAGUGGAUCAUAAAACACUUGGACAGGUUUUUACACACCUGUGUAUGAAAAUAACAAAAUAUUUAAAAACAACAAAAUAUUUAAAAACAACAAAAUAUUUAAAAACAACAAAAUAUUUAAAAACAACAAAAUAUUUAAAAACAUCAAAAUAUUUAAAAACAACAAAAUAUUUAAAAAAACAAAAUAUUUAAAAACAACAAAAUAUUUAAAAACAUCAAAAUAUUUAAAAACAACAAAAUAUUUAAAACAACAAAAUAUUUAAAACAAACAAAAUAUUUAAAAACAACAAAAUAUUUAAAAACAACAAAGUAUUUAAAAACAACAAAAUAUUUAAAACGAACAAAAUAUUUAAAAACAACAAAAUAUUUAAAAACAACAAAAUAUUUAAAAACAACAAAAUAUUUAAAAACAUCAAAAUAUUUAAAACAACAAAAUAUUUAAAAACAUCAAAAUAUUUAAAAACAACAAAAUAUUUAAAAACAUCAAAAUAUUUAAAAACAACAAAAUAUUUAAAAACAUCAAAAUAUUUAAAAACAUCAAAAUAUUUAAAAACAACAAAAUAUUUAAAAACAUCAAAAUAUUUAAAAACAACAAAAUAUUUAAAAACAUCAAAAUAUUUAAAAACAACAAAAUAUUUAAAAACAGCAAAAUAUUUAAAAACAAAAAAAUAUUUAAAUCAACAAAAUAUUUAAAAACAACAAACACAAUUUCAGAACAUCAAGGUUUGACUUUUGCCUUAUGUGUUGACACCUGUCCUCACCUGUCCCCACCUGUCCUCCCCCGUCCUUCUCUGUCCUCACCUGUCCUCACCCCCUCACCUGUCCCCACCUGUCCUCUCCUGUCCUCACCUGUCCUCUCCUGUCCCCACCCGUCCUCCCCUGUCCUCACCCGUCCUCUCCUGUCCUCACCUGUCCUCACCUGUCCUCCCCUGUCCUCACCUGUCCUCCCCCUGUCCUCCCCCUGUCCUCACCUGUCCUCACCUGUCCCCACCUGUCCUCACCUGUCCUCCCCCGUCCUCCCCUGUCCUCCCCCGUCCUCCCCUGUCCUCACCUGCUGACCGCCUCCUCUCGUCCCGUCAGGUUUAACCGGAUCGCUCACACCCGGGAGACGAUGCACAAAGACGGGAUCGCGUCUCUGACGUACCGCGUGGUGAAGACGGAGAAGCUGCCCCUGUACACUAAGAUCACCGUCGAUGUUGGGAAGCCAUGAUGGCGAGAGUGGGCGGAGUCAGACUGACAGUGUAAACCAAACGUGCCUUUGACACUUGAAGCUUUAAGUUCUGGUCCAGACGGAUCGGACUGCUGGAAUCAUCAGCUGAUCUUCUUUUUUUGCACAAACACACCGACUCGACGUUUGUGUUUCUUUCUCAGAGAGACUAAAUACUGGCCUCUGAUUGGACGAUGACUGUAACCAAUCAGCUGCAGCGACCUGGACUUUUUUAACAGUCAGAGACAAUCAGGGCUGCUGGGUCACAUGGUCUGGGCUUUACUGGUGAGGGUUUAUGGGUAAUGAAUGGAGGGUUUGGAUCUGGUCUGAUCAGAUCCUGGUUCUGGUUCUGAUCUGGUCCCAGACUGAUGUCUUUUUGUCUCCAUGACAACAGAGCAGACUCCUCCCCCUGAUGUCGACUGUUAGCAGGUAUUAAAGGAGACUUGCUUCGUGAGUGCAGGUGGGGGCGGAGCCUUUGACACAUUUUAAAAAAGGGGCGGGGCAUCAAAUCAGUCCUAUGACAGACUUAAAUUCUAACAGAUCUGAGAUUAUAUCCGAACUGACAAACCAACCCUGGAUUUCUGCACUUUUAAUGACCAUGAAACCUAAAUUUCACACCUGGAUUAAACCCUGAGGGGUCGAUCUGGACCGCAGCGGCGCCGUGACAGAGAGAGGUGAGACCCAGGAGAGAGUACCGGACUGUCGGGUCCGAGUCCAAAGUUCAGCUCUUGUAAAACGAGAGCGGCUGUUUCCAGAACAUGACGUUAAAAACGCUUCACCAACCUUUAUACUGACCUGUCAGAGCGCUUCGGUGUCGCUGUCCGAUCCAGCAGAACCAGCAGGUCAGGAGGAAGUCUGAGGCGUCACCGCCGUCUUCUCUCUGACCCUCCAGAGCUGAAGCUGCUGACCGGAGCGUGUGUGUCCUCGCUCUUCAGGGAUCACACCUGAUCGACCUCGUCUCCGUCAGCUGGAUCUCCUUUUUCUCGCUUGAAGCCGACAUGUUCGAAAGGAGCAAAGUCACACGCAGUUUAGUUCCAGGCGCCGUUUCCUGUUCCUGUGUGAGCCGUGGACUGUGAAGUUCCGAGGUCAGCAGAUGAGGUCCUCACAGCGCCGUGAAGACGUGGAGGAUGUGUGUGGUGUUUUACACAGUUUACAGUUUUAUAAAGUGAACCCAGAGUUCUGGACGUGCGGCCCGUCAGAGUCUGACGUGGAGCGUCACUGAGCCUGAAGUCUGUCCGAGCUGAAGGAGACGCCGUCACCAACAGGGAGCGGACGGCGUGUUCGACAGGAAGUAAAAGUGAAGUUUGAAUGGCGCUCGUUCAGGUGAACAUAGACACAGUAAUUCAACCGUACAGACCAAUAAACCGGAUCAGAACCAGGAACCAGAUCACUCCAGAACCAGAUCCUGACUGUGUGAGAGUGUGUGAGUCUGUGUGUGUGUGUGUGUGUGUGUGUGUGUGUAUCGAUGUAUUGAUAAUCAGGUUUUAUUGAUGAUUCAUGUUUAUUUUUAGAACAAUCCCAAAGUUCAAUGAAAAUGUAAAAACUCUGAUCAGCUGUAACCAAAAAUCAAUCCUCUCUUCUUCUGAUUGAUUGAUUGAUUGGUUGAUUGAUUGAUUGAUUGAUCUGCUGUUUGUACCAAAGACUUGAACAUCAGCUGCCAGUGAUCACCGAUCAAUGCAACCACAAAGACUCAUCAGCUGUCAAUCAAUCAAUCAAUCAGACGUGUUUAUGUGUUUCUUGAUGCUGCCCUCUGCAUUGACUGUCGGAGGGGUUUAUCUAUGUUUGUAUAUCUAUGUUUGUGUAUCUAUGUUUGUAUAUCUAUGUUUGUAUAUCUAUGUUUGUUUAUCUAUGUUUGUUUAUCUAUGUUUGUAUAUCUAUGUUUGUUUAUCUAUGUUUGUAUGUCUGUUUGUUUAUCUGUUGGGUUGUUUUUAUCUUUUUCUUUGUUUUUUAUCCGUUUUUUGUUUGUUUGUAUUUUAUUUGUUUAUUUUGUUUGUUUAUUUUUGUAUGUUUUUGUUUAUUUUUGUUUGUUUUUCGUUUGUUUGUUUAUUUUUUGUUUGUUUAUUUUGUUUGUUUAUUUUGUUUGUUUGUUUAUUUUUUGUUUUUUUAUGUGUUUGUUUGUCUUUUGUUUGUUUAUUUUGUUUGUUUGUUUAUUUUGUGUGUUUUUUGUUUAUUUUUGUUUGUUUUUUGUUUAUUUUUUUAUUUUUUUGUGUUUUUAUGUGUUUGUUCGUCUUCAGACCAAACCAGUUUGUGUCCGGCUGAUCUGAUCAGUGAUUGGUCGCCUCUAACGUGCCUUACAGUGGAUCCAGUGUAAACAGCUGAUGUGGUGAUGAUGAUGAUGUUUGUGGUGGAGGGUCAGAGUGUGUUCAUGGAUGAAGAUAAAGUUGUGAUGAUGAUGAUGAUGAUGAAGAGAUUUGUGUUUUUCUUUUAUCAAUGAAUUUUCUGUUUUUAUGAUUUUUUUCGUUAUAAUCCGGAAAAACCUGAAAACCAGACGGACGAGGAGAGUCUGAUAUUUGACCCAGCUGUGCAGAGGUCAGGAGUUGACCUUCACUCUCAGUUUGAAACACUGAAGAGUCUUUUUAGAAAGUCUGAGAAAAAAACAACAAAAACAACUUUUAACUUUUGAGACAAGAAACACUUCUGUUACAGACACUUGUCUUACUUUGUUAAAGCGGUUUACCUGUCCAGCAGAAAGGUUACAGGGUCACCAAGAUCCCCAAGCGUCCCCCAUCGUUUAUGUUGACCCGGCUUUUUAGCUCUUGUCCGGUCUACCUCCGUUUUAAGCGCCCGUUAUUCCUCCAGAGUCUCCGGUAUUUACUUUGUUUUCUUGCUUGUGUCGGCAGUCGUGGCCAAAGGAGGAUUCAGACAAUUUUCCGAACUUUCUGGUUGGUUUCUACUGUCCGAUAUUGUAGCACGCUAACUUUGUUUGGGCUCCUGAACGACACGGGGGAGCAGCGUCUGCCUCACAACCAAUCAGGUUAGAGGAGGUGGAGAACGGCUUUGUUUACAGUCAGAAAGAGCGGACCGCUCAGAAAUGUUCAAAUGUUGACGACACAGACAUAAGAGAACACAGAGAUAUCGAUAUAUUACCAAAUAUAAUCAAUAACUAAUAACUAUUGACUGAUAUUAAAAGAUUUUUGUAUAAAAACCACAAAAUAAAAAGAUGCUUCUUUAACAGAUUCCUGUCUACUUCACCUUUAAGUCGGUUUUCUUCUUGUGGACCAGACCACAAGAUCUGAUCCUGAUCCAUCAGUCUGUAUAAAACCAUAAUCGGCUCAUAAACCUGAACUCUGGUUCGUCUCUCACAUGCUGUCCUCCAUCAUGAACUCGUGACUCCAUGAACUUGGACUGUGAACUUACUGUCGUUAUCUCCUCUGGUGUUUACAGCCAGCUGUGGGCGUGUCUACGAACGUCUGCACCACACAGAUGAAGCAGCGCCGCUUUUAUCGGAAUAAUAAAUCUAAAAGUCGGAAUCAUAACGAACUUUUUAUUGGACUCACAAAUCAGGACACAGAUCAGAGUUUCCUGAUCCUGGACCAGGACCCUGGAGUUCUGAGUUGAUGUGGACUUAAAACUUUACAAAAUGUGAAACAACUUUAAACACGUUUAAAAUCCAGAUUAACUCUAAAGAGUCAGGGAUUAACGGGAUUAAAGUCGUUUUUACAUGAAGUUUGUCUUUAAAUCCAAAUCUCUCUCUGUCUGUAUCUCUAAGUUUGGACUGACAGGAGUGAGAGACGUGAGUUUGACCACAGAAAUAAGUCUCAUUUCUCUUUGAUGGUCAAAAAUAAACUCUGACGGAGCGGUAACAUGACAUCCAGCAGAAACAGACACAAUAAAGACAAACAGACGAGGUGAUUUCAGUGACUCAGUUUGAGGAUUUUUAUGAUUUUCUCUUUAGUUCACUUCUAUAAACUCAGCAGAGUCUCCAAUAUAGCCUAACCUCAGUCCAGCAUGUAGAGGUUCAGUGAAUGUGGUCUGGACUCUGUGGAGGAGAGUCAUGGUUUUAGAGACGCUGUAGAAGGACAGAAUACCUGCGCUGUGAUCCAGGUACACUCCUACUCUGGAGGACGGAGGACCUGAGACAUCAGUGAAGACGUUGUUGUGACCAAAUUCAUAACUGUCUUUAGAACAGUCUAAACUCCAAGAUUUGUCAUUUCUUCCAAAUAAACAAUCCUCUGGUUUCCCGUCUCUCCUGAUAGUCUUGUAUGCGACUGCUACAUAAACCCUGUUCCCUCUCCAGUCCACCUCCCAGUAACAACGUCCAGUCAGACUCUCUCUACUCAGGACCUGAUAAUAAUCAGUGAAUCUGUCUGGAUGAUCAGGAUAAGACUGUUCUUCUCCUGUCCAUGUUGCUCUUCUGUUUCCAUCAGAUAAUAACAGUUGUCUGUUUACUGUGUUUGGAUCCAGUGUGAUUCUUUGUGAAUAUCUUAAGAAAUCUGCUCUGGUCUUGGGUUCUGGUUCUGACAGUAAAACAUCCACUUCAGUCACUGCCUGUGAGACGUUUGUCCACGUCUCUGUCAGAAGAUCCUGGAGUUUCUCUCUGAGCUCUGACACAGCUGCUGUCACCUCCUCAAAGUAUCUCAGAGGACGGAUGUUGAUCCUGGAUGAGUCUGCAGGUUGACCCGGUUCUGACAGUGAGGGGUAGCUGUGCAGAAACUGGUUGUGGUCCUCUGUGAGUGAGAGCUUCUGCAGAUCAGCGUCUUUCCUCUUCAGCUCAGUGAUCUCCUGCUCCAGUUUCUCCUGAAGUUCUUUGACUCGACUCACUUCACGUUCCUGCUGGGAUCUGACCUGCUGCUCCACCUCAGAGCGGCGUUUCUCCAUCAGACGGAUCAGCUGGCUGAAGAUCUCCUGGCUGUGCUCCACAGCUUUAUCAGCAGAGCCGUUGAUAGCCUCCACCUCCUGUUGGAGCAGCUUCACAUCUUCUUCUCUGUCCUGGAUUCUCUGCUGGAUGUUUUCUCGACUCUCCUCCAGAUCUUUCUGCCUCUCAGUCCUUUCUGCUGCAGCUGAGACUGUGUCGUGACCUUUGUGUUGGUCCAAACAGCAGAGAGAACAGAUGGACUUCUGAUCAGUGCGGCAGAAGAUCUUCAUCACCUCAUCAUGAUGAGAGCAGAUGUUCUCCUGGAGCUUCUUGGAGGGCUCCACCAGCUUGUGUUUCUUAAAUGUAGGAGAUUCAAAAUGAGGCUGGAGGUGAAUCUGACAGUAAGAAGCCAGACAUCGCAGACAGGUGUAGGGGAAUCUCUUUAUACAUUUAGGUUAAGAAAUGUAGAGUAAUGAUCUUUUAGUAAGAAGCCACAACUAAUCUAGGUUGGCCUGAUCCUGCAGCCCCACGACCAUGAGAUUGUAAGCAAGGCUGUCUUGCAGUAGCCCAAACUAUCUGUCUGUUGGAACACGUAAUCUCUGCCUGGGUCAAGACGAACCUGAACCAAGUGUCGUGGGGCAGACAAGACAUCAGGAGAGGCCUUCUGGAGAAUACACACACACAUACACACACACACACACACACACACACACACACACACACACACACACACACACACACACACACACACUCACACAGGAUAAAAGGGAGUAGAAGAAAAGCUAGGGGUGCUUCCUUUGGUCUUGGUCGAGACGCUGUUUGUCAUCUGUACUGAUUUCUACAUCUGUACUAUUAAAGACGCCCAGGUUGUUCUUCAGAUCUCA